AUGAGGACAGGAAACGCUCUGCCAGCACUGAACUGUUUGGCAUGCGUUGCUUCGACGCAAAGUGUGCUGGCCUCGUCAGAGGAUAACUGGCCUCUUGGGAACGACUUUACGCUUUGGAAGUCACAGAAUAAACUGGAGAUUGUGAAAGGCAGACUCAGCGUUUGGAGCACUGGCAUCCAAGAGCCAUUCAUUAGUGCCAGCGCUGGCAAUGACUCCGUUGUUGGCUCGAAUGGCGCUUUUCAGAUCGCUCAGGUUGACGAGUCGAAAUGCUCUGGACAGAAUAUCACCGGCAUAGAGCAAGUGCUUUGGAAUAACACAGCUACUGGAUCCGCGGCUCAAAUCAGCGGACAUCUCUUGGACUGUGGCAGUGCUUCCGCAGAAUAUGCUCUUACGCUUUGGGUCCCAGGCAAUCUGAGUGAUAGGGUUGCCUUCUACUUGGACGUAUCGCCUUCGACGAACAUCGAUCACCCACUGAAAAAGCUAUACUUCAGCUUCGAUUCUUCCGCCAGUGAGGACUUUUACGGGCUAGGCGAGCAGCCUUCGUUUGCGUCACUGAAGAAUCAAAGUAUUCCAAUCAUUUCUCGCGAGCAGGGCGUUGGACGAGGUGAUGAGCCUAUCACAUCAAUUGCGAAUGCCAAUGGAUCAAUUGCUGGAGGUAACUUCUACACAUCAUACACCGCGGUGCCAUCGUACAUUACCACUGAUAGUCGACUCUUCUACCUCUCCGAGAAGAGCACCGGCUAUGCCAAUUUCACCUUUGCACAGGACAAGGUGACGAUUCGGUAUGAUUCUCUGAGCGUGGAUGGGGCUUUCACGAGAACCAAGAACUUGUUCGAUGCCAUUGAGGCUUUAACAGCAUACUCUGGACGAAUGCCGCCUUUACCGAAGUGGGUUGAUGAAGGAGCAAUUCUGGGUAUCCAAGGUGGUCAGGAUAAGGUGAAUAGCAUUGUCGAGCAGGGUUUGAACCUCAGCACUCCCAUCGCCGCUGUGUGGCUGCAGGACUGGUGUGGCACGCAUAAGCAGACUGGUCCUUACAUCAACAUCUCAAGACUGUGGUGGAAUUGGGAGAAUGACCAGGUCCUAUACCCUACUUGGAAUGAAUUCGUCCAAAAUCUUCGAGACAAGCACAAUGUCAGAACGCUGUCAUACGUCAACACGUUCUUGGCGAAUGUCUCAACGAAGGAUACUGGGUAUCGACGGAAUCUGUACGACGAAGCAAGUGCAGCGCAGUACUUUGUGCAAAACACCACGACAAAUUCUACGGCCAUCAUAUCGAGCGGACCGGGCUUGAAUGCAGGUGUUGUUGACCUCACCAAUCCUGGUUUGCGUGAAUGGUUCAUCGACGUGCUCCGUACACAAGUCUGGAAUGCCAACAUCAGCGGCUUCAUGACCGACUUCGGCGAAUACACCCCUCUGACAGGAGAUGUCAAAGUCUACGGCGCAGUCAGUGAUGCCUUCUUCUACCACAAUGCCUAUCCUACCCAAUGGUCCCAGAUCCAUCGCCAAGUGGUCGAAGAGCUCGGUCUGCAAGACGAAGCCGUCAAUUUCCACCGUUCCGCAUCUCAGCGCUCAAGCAAAUACCAAAACCUCUUCUGGGUCGGCGAUCAAAACGUCAACUGGGGCGUGCACGAUGGAAUCAAAUCCGUCAUCACAAUCAUGCUCCACAUGGGCGUUUCAGGUUUCGCCCAACAACACUCUGACGUUGGCGGCUACACCACCGUCCUCACCUAUCAAAACUACAACAUCACCCGCUCCCCAGAACUCCUCGGUCGCUGGGGCGAACUAGCGGCCGUCAGCAGUGCAGUCUUCAGAUCCCACGAAGGCAACAUCCCUUCCGUCAACGCACAAUUCUACAGUAAUACCAGCACUUACACUUACUAUGCUUACAACGCGAGAAUGUUUGUCUCGCUCGCAAAGUACCGACGUAGAAUUUUGCAGACCGAAAGCGAGACCAAGGGUUGGCCGUUACUGAGGCCUCCGGUUUUGUACCAUCCGGAAGAUUUGAUGGCGAGAAAAAUUAGUUUUCAGAGUUUUUAUCUUGGGAGGGAUUUGUAUGUUGCGCCGGUUUUGGAUCCGGGGACGUUUGAGGUUGCGGUGUAUUUGCCGCCGGGUGAUGGGAAGAAGAGGACUUAUGAGCAUGUUUGGAGUGGGACUAUUUACGAUGGUGGACGGCAUGUCACUGUUUCGGCGCCGUAUGGUCAGCCGGCGGUUUUCAUCGUGAAUGGUGCCAGGACUCCUGAGCUGGAACCAUUUUUGGAAUUCGUGAAGAAGGAGAAUGCGACGAAGCUUAGUAUCGACUAA